GUGUUAAUACAUAUAGGCCUCUAUAUGACCCUCCUAUAACCUCUCCAUAUGACCCACAUAUAAUCCAACUGCUAUUCCCCUAUAACCAACCGAUAACCCACCUAUAUACCACCUAUAUACCACCUAUAAACCACCUAUAAAUUCAAGUGCAACAUGACCAUGCGGGUGCCAAUUGUAUGUGAAUCCAAGAUGACGGAUCCCAAUGACAUGGACGAGCAUGCGAUGUUCGUAAAGAACAUGCAAAUCGAGGGGACAUUCGAGGGUAUAUCCGAGGGGACAUUCAAGGGGAUAUCGGCCCCCAAGACGGUAACCCCCUCCGCCACGUACCCCCCCACUGGACAUUGGGGUGAUGAAGGUGAUGAGAGUGAAGACGUCAACAUGGAUGAUAAUGAUGAUGAUAAUGAUAUUGACAUCGAUGGUGAUGAAUACCAAAUUGAAAAUACAGUCCACGAUUCCUAUGAAAAGUCUACGGAAGUUUCACACAUGCCCCGUACCCAUCCUGUGUGUAGUUUACCGGUGUCAAUGUUUUCUAGUCUAUCAUGCAGGAUAUCUGAUAUUAAUACAAAUACACAAGCGAGUCCUACGUGUCCUACACACACAAUUGAUGCUAUCCUCGGCCUACGCAACCUACAACAACAACAACAACAACAGCAACUGGUCAACCGGCAGCAUUUUCAAAGGCACGUUGGUGGUGAUGAUAAUGAUGAUAGUGAUGGUGGUAAUGAAGGUGAUGGGUUGCGGAAAUGUAAUCUUGUUCCUCAAGUUGUGGGAAGGUUAGAAGGAAAUGAGAGACUCAACGGGAACGUUUUAUCGCCGGAAAAGAUGGCCACGGAGCCGAAGCAAAACGGUGCGGCGUUGCCAAAUUUACGCGCCGCGCAAAACGGAGCGGCGUUGCCAAAUUUACGCGCCGCGCAAAACGUACAAAAAUCCACGGGGGCUGCGAGCCCGAUUCCGGGGGCCGGUCUCCCCCACGGCAGACUGGUGGACCCUGCGGCCAUGACAGGCGAUCUCCAGCCCAGCACUACCAGCUCUGACUCCACCCUCACCUCUAACUCCAACUUUAACUCCAACUCCAAUCUCACCUCCAACUCCACCAACAACCUCACCUCCAACUCCACCAACACCUGUUUAAGCAGCAUCAGUCCAACGGGCUCGGACUCCAUGACCCCAGCGGACUCCAUAACCCCGGCGGACUCCAUAACCCCAUCGGACCCAAUGACCCCUGAUGCCAAAAAGAAGCACCGACGUAACCGGACGACGUUCACGACGUACCAGCUACACGAGCUGGAACGUGCGUUCGAGAAGAGUCAUUACCCCGACGUGUACUCAAGGGAAGAGCUCGCCCUUAAGAUCAACCUUCCUGAAGUCAGGGUCCAGGUGUGGUUCCAGAACCGUCGCGCCAAGUGGCGGCGGCAGGAGAAGAUGGAGGCCGCGCAGUACCGCCUGCAUGAGGGUGGCCUGGGGCUGCUACAUCGCCCCCCUACUGCCCUCGACCACCUCCUGCCCCCCCUCCUGCCCCCUCUGCCUCCCCACCACCCCCUUCACCACUCCACACAUCUUACCGGCUCCAACCCGGCACUAAACGGCCUUAACACGGCCAUGAACGGCCUUAAUCCGCCUUUAAACGGCCUGAGUACAGCCAUGAACGGCUUAAAUUCGCCUCUAAACGGCCUUAAUACGGCCAUGAACGGCUUUAAUUCUGCCAUGAACGGCUUCCUGGCAGCCCAUCAUUCAGGGUAUCCCUCAUACCUCCCCCCUCCCUCCUCCUCCCCCCAUCACCUCACAUCCUCCCCCAUCUUCUCCCCCAACAUCUCCCCCGCCGCCAUAUCGUCUGCCAGCAUCGUGGCGGCGGCGGCGGCCGCCGGCAUCCCCAACGGCUUCUCCAGGACCCCCAGGCAGGGGGAUGGGGGUCCCUCUGCCCCCCUCUCCCCUGAGGGGUUGGGGGAGACAUCCCUCACUCCUCCAGGACUCCCCCAGGAGGAUUUCAGGUCCACAUCCAUAGUGGCCCUGAGGCUGAGGGCGAGGGAACAUCUCGAGUCAUCCACGGCCAUGGUGUGA